AUGUCCCCUUACCGCUUGGUUUAUGGGAAGGCUUGUCGCUUGCCCGUGGAGUUAGAGCAUCAACCUUAUUGGGCCAUUAAGAAGCUUAAUAUGGAUCUCCAAGCUGCUGGGGAAUCUCGCAUGAUGCAAUUGAAUGAGCUUGAGGAGAUGAGGUGGUCAGGGCCAUUCACAAUCAUCAAGGUGUAUCCUCAUGGGGCUGUUGAAGUAAGGGAAGAUCAGUCUGGUAGAGAGUUUAAAGUGAAUGACCAGCGACUGAAGCAUUAUUGGGAAGGAGAGGUCGACCGAGUGAAGACCUCCAUUACUUUGGAGGAUGCAUGGAGUGGAUGA